AAUAAUUUCUUUCAACCACAUGCAAGGGGUCGUCACAGUAUGAAACUGAAGAAUCAUAACACCUUGUAAAAAGCAGUGUUGGAUAGCUUAUUCAAUUGCAUUUCAGGAGGAGACCAUGUCAGUGGGUCGAGGCAAAUUUCAUUUGAAAUGGAUCGUUUUCAUUUGACUUGAUAAAAGUUCAAACAAAUUUACAUUUGUAUAGUUUCUGCAAUUAUAAAAUUACAAGCGCAAAAACGCAAAACAGUAUUAGUUUCUUUAAGGACGCCAAAAGGAAUAUAAUACCAUGAAAAAUUCCACAUCGGUGAUAUAUUUCCUGACCAAUACAAAAGACAAAUAAUUAACAAGCGUACAAUAUCUCAAGGAGAAGAACUUCCAUCACAGACGAAACCUUGUAAAUUUAACGAACUCUAGCAUUAUCAAUUUUACAAAACCAUAGUAGUUCACCAUGCCCUGAUAUCUAGAUGUUGUUAUCUUGCCAAUUACCGAACAACACAAAAAGUCCUUGUGAUUGGUUAAAAAAAAUCUAAAAAAUAUCGUUAAGAUGCCCUAAAAAUUAACUUUUAUAUCAAACUCAGUUACAGUCACUUAGCCAAAAUCAAAUCUGUCGCCAAGAAGUAAAUUUUAUUUAAAGCGCCUUUCUAUUACGAAAACAUUGAACCGCACUGUAAUGGAAAAACGUCAAUUAAAUGUCUCGACUAAUUGCGACAAGAACAAUGCGUUUUCUUUACCGUCUGCUGUAAACACAUUAGACCUACGCCGAUACAGCAUUAAUGGUAUUCUUAGCACAGAAACAGAAGGGAACCUUACAGAUGGUCAGACAUUGAACGACUCGGAUGGUAAUACUGCUAGCUUUGCAGACAGAUUUAUCGAUUACAACAACACCUCAUCUGAAAUACAAAAGACAACAGAAUGUUCGGCAUACAGUUCGUCUAAACAUCUGGCACCAACCUACCAUACUCUUAAUCAGGAAGAUAAUAGCGCAACUCGUCAAAUAGAUGUGGGUCCUACUGGAAAGAGAAAACAGCGUCGUUAUAGAACAACGUUUACAAGUUUCCAACUAGAAGAACUGGAGAAAGCUUUCCACAAAACACAUUAUCCUGACGUGUUUUACAGAGAAGAGCUAGCCAUGAAGAUAGAUCUUACAGAGGCCAGGGUUCAGGUUUGGUUUCAAAACAGAAGAGCAAAAUGGCGAAAACACCAGAAACUUCUCGAGAGAGACCAAGGAUUAAACCAGUCAGUAAUGCCAACAACGAGAAAAGCAGAAAGGUCAGCGGUUAUUCGUGGCAAUUCGGCAUCUACACUUACCCAACUCUCAAAUGUGCCACCACUGCCUCUUUCUGGGAUGUAUUUCCAUGGGAACAUGGAAUGGUCAAGGUCAUUUGGCAGUAGCUUAACAAACCAAAUGCCUUCUUAUCUCCAUGGAGGCUUUAGGUAUGACAGAAGACAACCACAAAAUGGAGGUGUAUCACUACCUCAAUGUAAUGACUUUCAAUAUUCGGCAGCUAAUAGAGGUCUAGAUGGACUGUCUCCUACACAAGGAUUAACACAGCUUAGACUAAGAGCUAAAGAACAUUCAAUAACCAUGACACAAUAGAAUGGCAGUUAUAUGAUAAGCAGGACUAGGUAGCUGACUACAGGUUAUACAUUGAGGACAUUUGAUAGACAACUGCAUGUUUAACUCUUAGU